CCCCCCCCCCCCCCCCCCCCCCCCCCCCCCCCCCCCCCCCCCCCCCCCCCCCCCCCCCCCCCCCCCCCCCCCCCCCCCCCCCCCCCCCCCCCCCCCCCCCCCCCCCCCCCCCCCCCCCCCCCCCCCCCCCCCCCCCCCCCCCCCCCCCCCCCCCCCCCCCCCCCCCCCCCCCCCCCCCCCCCCCCCCCCCCCCCCCCCCCCCCCCCCCCCCCCCCCCCCCCCCCCCCCCCCCCCCCCCCCCCCCCCCCCCCCCCCCCCCCCCCCCCCCCCCCCCCCCCCCCCCCCCCCCCCCCCCCCCCCCCCCCCCCCCCCCCCCCCCCCCCCCCCCCCCCCCCCCCCCCCCCCCCCCCCCCCCCCCCCCCCCCCCCCCCCCCCCCCCCCCCCCCCCCCCCCCCCCCCCCCCCCCCCCCCCCCCCCCCCCCCCCCCCCCCCCCCCCCCCCCCCCCCCCCCCCCCCCCCCCCCCCCCCCCCCCCCCCCCCCCCCCCCCCCCCCCCCCCCCCCCCCCCCCCCCCCCCCCCCCCCCCCCCCCCCCCCCCCCCCCCCCCCCCCCCCCCCCCCCCCCCCCCCCCCCCCCCCCCCCCCCCCCCCCCCCCCCCCCCCCCCCCCCCCCCCCCCCCCCCCCCCCCCCCCCCCCCCCCCCCCCCCCCCCCCCCCCCCCCCCCCCCCCCCCCCCCCCCCCCCCCCCCCCCCCCCCCCCCCCCCCCCCCCCCCCCCCCCCCCCCCCCCCCCCCCCCCCCCCCCCCCCCCCCCCCCCCCCCCUCCCCCCCCCCCCCCCCCCCCCCCCCCCCCCCCCCCCCCCCCCCCCCCCCCCCCCCCCCCCCCCCCCCCCCCCCCCCCCCCCCCCCCCCCCCCCCCCCCCCCCCCCCCCCCCCCCCCCCCCCCCCCCCCCCCCCCCCCCCCCCCCCCCCCCCCCCCCCCCCCCCCCCCCCCCCCCCCCCCCCCCCCCCCCCCCCCCCUCCCCCCCCCCCCCCCCCCCCCCCCCCCCCCCCCCCCCCCCCCCCCCCCCCCCCCCCCCCCCCCCCCCCCACCCCCCCCCCCCCCCCCCCCCCCCCCCCCCCCCCCCCCCCCCCCCCCCCCCCCCCCCCCCCCCCCCCCCCCCCCCCCCCCCCCCCCCCCCCCCCCCCCCCCCCCCCCCCUCCCCCUCCCCCCCCCCCCCCCCCCCCCCCCCCCCCCCCCCCUAG